AUGUCUUCCUCGUCAACUUCAAGCACUUUGCGAGGGGCAUCAUUCUUUGUGAAGGAUUUUCCUGCGUCUUAUGAUGAGGUUUUUUUCGACUCGCAGGUCUUUUUUGUGAAUAUCAAUCGCAGUUUGAUUUGUUCAACGUGUUCGUGAAGUUCGGUCCUGUGGACAUCGUUCGCUUGGGGAAAAAUCGUUCUCCAGCUGAAGAUGUCUUUGGGUAAUUCAUUCUCUUAGUGAAAUUCUAACUAAAACGUACACAGAUUCAUUUCGAUGCUGAGUUUGGACGCUGCUGACAAUAUCCGUACGAGUUUGAGCGGAGGUCGUCUCUACAUUAACGAAAAGAUUUCAAUCGAUGUUUCUAAUGGCGAAAUUUUAAAAAAUUUUCAAGUAAAUAUUCAGGUGAGUGAAAUGAGGGAAAAACGUUCCUUCGAGACAAAAAAGCCGCGCAAAUCGGACGAGGCUCUGCCAACGGAGCGAAAGUCUUUUUCUGAAAAGUCUCGGGCUCAAAAAAAUCGUCGGAGCAGAAGCCGCGGACCUUCGCCUCUCAGGCCUAUCAUCACCAACAUUUUUCCUGUGAAUAAUUCCUGUUCGGUGAUCUAUCUACUUAUUUUUUCUCAUCCCAUAACUUUCUUAGGUCAAAGUAGUUGAGCAUCUACCUCGAGAGCUGAAAGAUCAGUUAGUUUUUACCGUUCUCCCGAUUAACGAUGCAAAGGAAUCCAUUUUCACGGAGCUUCUGAAGGAGAUGAAAAUUUUCUAUGAAACUCAAAAACCAAUCAAAGAUACCGGAGAUAUUAUAGCGGUUAGUCGAUAUUAGGCCAAAAUUUAACUCUUUUUUUUUCUUGCAACAGGUUGGUAGUGAUUGCAUACUCUUCAUCGGUGGAGAGGCACAUAGAACGCGCAGAAUUUCUGAGAAGACUUUGUAUUGUCUAGACAGUGGAGAAGUCAGAGAUUACGAUCCUCAAAAUACAUUUACAAUGCAGAAAAAGUUCACCCUUCUGCCCUGCAAGGUUUAUCGUAUAUCAUUUCAUAUCAAAAUCUUUUUCAGGUCGCAUCCUGCGCUUUAGAAGGUGCUGUCUGGGACAAAUCCGUCAUCCCUGCCCUCAGUAAAUUCCGAGAAGUAUGUGUCAUUCUACAGUGUUUUGAAACUUUUGUCAAUCCACCUCUAUAAGAAAAAAAAUGUAUAUGAAAAUAAAAAUAACAAAACGGCGGUUGCGCCGUUUCAACAACGAUAUUUUUUGUUGUUUCUUUUUCAGUGGUCUAAAAAUAGUUGGAUAGUAAAUAAACAGUAGAAAUUGAUAUUUGACUUGAAUAUUUGAAGGCGAGCUAUCAAAGGUAUCUUAAGAGAUAAAAAAUUUCGUCGUCAGCCGUUUUUGAGACUGCUCACACUCUUUCGCUUCCCAAAAAAGGGGGAAAAGAGGACCACCACCAGUAAAUCCCCUACGUUUAAAGUUGCUCCAAAUGAUUCAAAAACUUUACUGAACUAGCUUGUAAAAUCAGAUAAUCCACAAAUGGGGCGAGUUCCAAGGUCACUUGGAAGCUGAGACCUUCGCGUACACCUCAGGCAUCAACCUUGUGAAACUUCAUAGUGUUGGAGGUUUCAUAAAUAAACAGUGAGACACCAAAAGUUAUUUAUAAUCCUUCCAGAAAGUCUUGUUGAUAAUCUAGCGAAGAGAGGAUACUGUAAAGUCAUACCCCUCGGUCGAGAACUUCACACUUAUGAUCGUUGUGCGUUGUUGGCGAUUCGAAAUAUCUGUCAGGUUAAAAGGGCAAACGAGGUACUUCCGAAGGGUUGCGUAACAAAAAUAUAUGACAUUUUCAGAACGUCGGGGAAGCUUCAGAUUUGAGAAAGUCUCUUGAUCAAAUGAAGAUAUCUAUUUAA